AUGGCUCCCCGCGUCAUGGUGCUGCCGCUCCCGGAGCAGGGCCACGUGACCCCGCUCAUGGAGCUGUCGCACCGGCUCGUCGACCACGGCAUGGAGGUCACUUUCGUCUGCACCGAGCGCACCCACGCGCUCAUUCUCGGCGGCCUCGGACACCGCACCAACGGGUAUGAGGCACUGGGCGGGAUACAGCUGGUUGCCAUACCGGACGGUCUGGCUGACGGCGACGACCGCAGGGACAUCAGCAAGUCCCUUGCCGGGUUGUCCUGGAGCAUACGAGGCCACGUGGAGGAGCUCAUUAGGGCGACCAAGGUGAAGUGGCUCGUUGCCGAUGCCACCGUGGUGGGGAUGUGCUACGAGGUUGCCAAGAAGCUCGCCGUCAGGAUCGCCUGCUUCUCCCCGAUGCCGGCGGCAUACCUCGGCACACUGUUGAGGAUUCCGGAGCUUAUAGCUGACGGCUUCUUCGAUGACAAUGGCAUCCCGAAGCGACAAGGCGCGUUCCUGCUCGCCCCCAACACGCCGCCGCUCUACACAGCGCACGUACCGUGGGGCGUGGCCGGCGGCCCCGAGGUGCAGCUUACGUUUUUCCAGAACGCUUCCCGGAACGCGCAGGCUGCCAGGCUUGCCGACAUGGUCCUGUGCAACACGUUCCACGACGCCGAGGCCGUGGCGUUCGAGCUGUACCCCGAAAUACUGCCCAUCGGCCCGCUAUUCGCCGAUGGGAAGACCGUCGGGCAGUUCCUUCCGGAGGACACGAGAUGCAUCAAGUGGCUCGACGCGCACGCCGACAACUCCGUCGUGUAUGCGGCGUUCGGCAGCACCACCGUCUUCGACCCCAGCCAGAUUCAGGAGCUCGCCGAGGGGCUGGAGCUCGCCGGCCGGCCCUUCCUCUGGGUGGUGCGCCCGGAUUUUUCAUCCGGCUUCGGUGGCCUACGCAAGGCGUGGUUCGACGAGUUCGAAAACCGCACCGCCGGCAAGGGCAUGGUCGUCAGCUGGUGCGCCCAGCAGCAGGUCCUGGCGCACCGCGCCGUCGGGUGCUUCCUGACUCACUGCGGAUGGCACUCCGUCUUGGAAGCGCUGAGGAACGGCGUCCCCAUGCUAUGCUGGCCCUACUUCUUCGACCAUUUCACCAUCCGGAGCUAUAUUAGCGACGUCUGGAGGACUGGCUUGGCCAUGUCGCCGGGGGAAGAUGGCGCCAUAAGCAAGGAGGAGGUGAGCACCAUGGUGGAACGAGUCAUCACUGACCAUGUGAUUGGAGAGAGGGCACGAAUCCUCGGGGAUGCAGCUUGCCGGAGCCUUGCCAAGGGUGGUUCUUCCUACGAAAAUUUCCAGAAGUUUGUCAAUAUCCUCAAGGCCACUCUGUAAAGGAUUUGUUGCAAAACAAUAUCCGGUUAUUGGCUUAUCCCCGUACAACAUGCUUAUUAUGGCAUAAGAACUGUUCCAGAAAGGCGUGCACGAAUA